CAACAUACAUGGUAUUCAGCAACCUUCUUGUUUGAAGAGUAGUUUGAUUCUUCGUAGAGUUUUAGCCCUCCAGCCAGUACAAAUAGAGCCCCUCAAGUCCCAUAACAUCCCACCACCAAUCUUCUUGCACUUGCCAGUUUGGACUAAUUAGCGCAAAGUGCGUCUCAUACCACCUUUCAAGCGGACAAUAUGAGAUACCCAUACUACUCUCCGCCACCGCCGUCGCCACCGCCUCCGUCUACUCCGGGAUGUAACACCACUGCUCCUCCUUCGCCGCCGCCGCCACCUUCGAGCUACCAGCACAAGCCACCGCCUCCAUCCACCCACCAUCACCACCACCACCAUCCACAUGCACCUCCACCUCAGGUGCCGACGGGCACUCCACUUUCACCGCCGACUUAUGUGACUCCACCACCAAAGGGCGAUGCUCCACCUCCGUCUCCAAGCGGCGGUGCACCUCCACCUAAGUGGUUUUACCCACCAAGUCCUGGCAAGGGCACUCCAAGUUCGCCACCAAAGGCUUCACCUCCCAAAGCUUAUCCACCAAGCCCUAGCAAGGGCACUCCAGGUUCACCACCAAAGGGCGGCGCUCAACCUCCGUCUCCAGGUGCUGGUGCACCUCCACCUAAGGGGGUUUACCCACCAAGUCCUUGCAAGGGCACUCCAGGUUCACCACCAAGGGGCGGCGCUCAACCUCCGUCUCCAAGUGGUGGUGCACCCCCACCGAAGGGGGUGUACCCACCAAGUCCUAGCAAGGGCACUCCAAGUUCACCACCAAAGGGCGGCGCUCAACCUCCGUCUCCAAGUGGUGGUGCACCUCCACCUAAGGGUGUUUACCCACCAAGUCCUAGCAAGGGCACUCCAAGUUCACCACCAAAGGCAUCGCCUCCCAAAGCUUAUCCUCCCAGCCCAAGCAAGGGCACUCCAAGUUCACCACCAAAGGCAUCGCCUCCCAAAGCUUAUCCUCCCAGCCCAAGCAAGGGCCCUCCAAGUUCACCACCAAAGGCAUCGCCUCCUUAUUCUAAGCACCCACCACCAACUCCAACCCCUAAACUACCUCCAUCGUACCUUGCACCACCCCCCAUAUAUGGCCAAUCACCUCCUAUUUACGGUGUACCGCCUCCAUCGCUGCCACCUUCAUCGAAUAUCAAUGCACCCCCUGGUGGCGGCGGCCACCACACGAUUGUUAUCGCCGUUUGUGUAUCAUUAGGUGGUCUCUUCAUGCUGGCAUUCCUCGCGGUCGGUCUCUUUUGCAUGGCCAAGAGGCGAAAGAGGCCGGUCAUGGUUCCGGGACCACCUCCGUGUGUAGAAGUGGAGGAGCAUGAAGUGGUCCACGAGACAAUAGCCACUGGGCCGUGCGGCAAGCAAAUCAUGACUGUCAAUAUCGAAGAUGAUGUGAUAAUUCACAGUGGUGCCGUCAGUGGAGCAGCGGCCGGCGCUUGUCAAGGCAGUGCCAGCGGCCCUCCAUGCGAACCGAGUCAUCCUCCAGGACAUCCACGUCCCUGCUGAGCUUACGUUACCUUCUUGGUUUGAGCGACUCUAUUUGAUUUCCACAUUACAAAUUUAGCGAUCUGUCUAUUCAUUGUUAUUGGGUUGUCGUGAUAAGAGUGUAAUAAAAUUCAAUGUAAUCGGGCUGGUUUGUAAUGUGUUCAUAUUCCCACCUCAAGUCAUCGUUGUAUUGAAAAGACGAAGUGUUUAUUUGAUACUCAUUGCUAUUACAAAUAAUAUGUUGGAGUUUCCGUUUCCA